AUGAGUGACGACGUGGUUUGGCAGCUCAUAAAGGACGAUUUCUGCGCCUACAGGAAGUGGCUAAAUUGGCGCAGCACGGACACCACAAGCUUCUGCACCAACGCGUACAAUGUAACUGGCCUCUGCAACCGUGGUAGCUGUCCGCUUGCAAACAGCAACUAUGCUACCGUUAUUGAAGACCAAGGGUCUUUGUAUCUGUGCAUGAAGACUGCGGAACGCUGCCAUACACCUCGGGAGCAGUGGGAGCGGCUGAAACUGUCCAAGAAUCUCAAAGAAUCUUUAUCGCAGAUUAAUGAGGCAACCAAGGUUGGAAUCGCAGCGUACCUCACGCAAAAGUGCCGGUUAAGGCUAAAACGGUGGAGGGAAGUUUUACAGAGGAUGCGCAGAGAGGCGCUCUCGCAAAAGACGAAGGUGGCGCCCAUCAAGAGGAAGACGGAGCGACGCGAGGCCAUUCGCGAGAGGAAAGCAGAAAUCGCUGCUAGGCUGGACAACGCAAUUGAGCAGGAGCUGCUUAACCCGAAAAGGAUGCAGAGAUGCAGAGUGUUGACGGCCGCCGACCACGAGGUAUGUUUCAGCGCCAACGCACCCAGGAUGCAUAUGGAGAUCGAGUACGACGAGGACUUCGCACGCGACGUGGCGCAGUAG